AUGUCCAAUAUCAAGCUAGUAGGAACUCGGGGAAGCCUCCGAGGGGAAAAGCUCUAUUCGGAACUCAUAAAAAAAGAAUGGGAAGAGAAGCAGCAAAAGGAGAAAGAAGAAGAGGAGAAGAAGCAAGAACAACAGAGUGCCCUGCUCCAGGCAGUCGUAGAAGGUCUUGGGGAGGCUGAGAAUGGGGAAGUGACCCAAAAUCCUGAACCCCCAGAGGGCUACGGCAGAAGGGAGGUUGUGCGCCCUAAGGGAGAACCUUGUCCAUUCUUCACAAAGACUGGUUCUUGCAGAUUUGGAAUUCAGUGCUCCAGAGAUCAUGACUAUCCAGAUCAGAGUCGGACGUUGCUUUUCCCCAACAUGUAUUCGCACUUCGGACUGGAACAUUUAGCAUUUGACACUCACGAUUCAGAUGUAGCACUCGAGUACUCAGACUCUGAGAGCUACCAGCACUUCAAGGAUUUCUUUGAAGACACACUACCAGAAUUCCAAAGAUGUGGAACUGUCCUGCAGUUCAAAGUGUGCUGCAACACCAGUCCUCACCUCAGAGGAAAUGUCUAUGUCCAGUACUCUAGCAUAGAGGCUGCCAUGAAGGCUAGGACUCUCUUCAAUGGGCGGUGGUAUGCUGGCCGUCAGCUCACUUGUCUCUAUAUUAAUCUUGAGAGAUGGAAGCAAGCUGUUUGUGGAUUGUUUUGGCGACAGAAGUGUCCAAAAGGUGGUCAGUGUAACUUCCUACAUGCUUACCGCAAUCCAGGCAAUGCCUUCUGGAGAGCUGAUCAGGAUCUUCAUCUAGAGAGCCCAAGAGACUCCGCUGAAGGCCUUCGAUGCACUCCGACACCCAGAAAUAAUUACAACAGGCAUCAAGAGACAAGCAAGACUCAUUCAGGCUCUAUCAAGAAUGCAAGAAAUCAUUACAGGUCCAAUUCAAGAAACAGAUCAUUAGCUGAGGGAAAAUAUGCAAGAGAAUCACUUGGAAAAGAACACAGAAGUAGAAAGUCAAAAAAAGACAAAUCACAUGGUAAUAGAAUUAAAGAUUUAAAAGAUGUGUCUGUAGAACCAAGCAACAGGUUGAGGUCAAGGAGCAGGUCAGUAGAAUCAAAGAAAAGGACCAGUAGGUCAAAGAGCAGGUCAGCUGAACAAAGAAGCAGAUCAAGAAAGUCAAGGAGCAGGUCAGCAGAGCAAAGAAGCAGAUCAAGAAGGUCAAGGAGCAGGUCAGCAGACAGAAAAAAAUCAAGAUCAAGAAGUAGGUCAAUAGAGAAAAGGAAAAGAUCAAGAAAGUCGAGGAGUAGGUCAGCAGAUGAAAGAAAAAGGUCAAGAAGCAGGUCAGCAGAUGAAAGAAAGAGGUCAAGAAGGUCAAGGAGUAGGUCAGCAGAUGAAAGAAAGAGGUCAAGAAGGUCAAAGAGUGGGUCAACAGAACAAAAAGCAGUUUAGGUCAGAAAGUAAAAGAAGGAAAGCAAACAGCAGCACUCAGACAUGGAAAAGCAGGAGUACAGAGUGAAGUUACAAUUCAAGACAAAGAUCUAGGAGGUUGAAAAGCCUCUGACAAGAAGACAAUGGUUACAAGAAUUCACAAACUUAUUAUGAUGAUGGUGAUGAUGACAACUAUCAUCAACAUCACAACUAUUAUUAUAUAUGUUUUUUAUCAUUAUUAUAAAUUACUAUUAUCAUUAUUGAUUUAUCAUGUUGUGUAAAGACCAAAAAAUUUGUCUUUUUUACUAAUGUUAUAUGGCAUAACGAAAGAAAUAUAUUGCA